AUGAAAAACAAGGAUAAAUUGCAAAAACGGGCACAAUUAACAUUGCUUAAAGAAUUGAACGAGAGAUACGAUGACAUCGAAAAGCGCAUUAAUCAGACAUUGUUUUCUAAUAAACUUCAAGUGGAUAAGACUUUGAACGAACAUGAACAGCGGAAUAAUAAAGAAUUUGUUAUACAACAAAAAAAACUUCAACAAUUCAUAUACGAAAACCGAAAGAAAGUUGAAAUUACCGUUACAAAAAAUAUUGAACGCAUUGAACAGAUCAAAAGAGGAUUCAUUGAUCUCUUAGAAACUGAUGACGAAUUAAAAGGAACGUUGAGAAGAAUAAAAACACUUGAAAAAUCAGUAUCCAAUGCCGAGGAUCGGUUCGCAAAAAAGAAUAAGGAAAUGGAUGAAAAUGUCAGAAAGCUAAAUACCACAAUAAAUAAAUUGGAAGAUAAAUCAGAGAAUGCAGCGCUAGAGGUGGAUAAAAGUGUGGAUAUAGUUAAAGUAAAUUGUUACAAAAGCAAUAUUCAAUUGUUGAACUCCAAGAUAUUAUUUGACACUGCAUUAUCAAAAUUUGAGGUUGUUCAAGGUUCCAUAAAAGAAUUAAUCACAGGAGGGCAACCAGAAUCCUGUAACUCCACGAAAUUUAAAGAUAAGUCUUUUGAUGAUGCACAAAAAAGAUUAGAAAGAUGUCUUGAGGCAUCAUUGCAGGUUCGGAAGAAAUUGGAAAUGAUUGAAUGUAAACGGGAUAAUGAAAUGAACAAUUCACAUACAUUAUCACUAGUUUUGGAUGAGCAUUCGUUAGAUCCUCAGCCUGAGUUAUCCAAGCAAUCGUCUGAGGAUUUUGGCUACUUCAAAAUUUAUUCUGAUGCAAACGAUCUUGUUAUUUCCGAUUUGAACGAUCGAGUGAACAAGCUUGAAAGGUCAAUCCAAGGCUCUAAAAUACUCACGUCCAACCCCGUCUUAUAUGAGACAUCGGAGAAUUCUGGGAGCGAAUGGAUAUCAGCAAUUUACGGUAUGCUGAAUACUGAUAUUGUGAUGCUUCAGUAUCAUGCCUUUGGGUUAGAAAGACUUGAAAGUUUGAAUUUGUUUGAGGAGACGGGCCACAAACUAGGAAGCCAAUAUAAAAUGAUAUCUGAAUUUGUUAAUAUAUGCAAAAGAGAUUGUAUCAAACUAAUAAGUUCUAUUAGGAUUAUAGUUCUGGAAAGCUAUUUAGUCCAAAAUCAGAAUGAUAAUUACAUUAUCAAAGAGUGCAAGAUUAAAAUCACAGCAUCAUUGAGCGACAUAUUCGAAUGGUUCAAAAAAAACGUGACGGAAUCAUCUGUCAGUGCUAAAGAAGGAAACUCUUUGCUUGAAAUUUUAAUACACUUUAGGAAGAGAUUAACAUCUGAUCUUAUUAACAUGGCAACAGAAUAUCUUUCGUUAUUUCGUCAACACUUAAAUGAUUUUCACACAAUACACGAUUCUCUUGGCACGUUGAAGAAUGCAUCUUUGUCCAGUAAAGAGAGUCAGGAUUCAUUCGAUUCUGAAGUCUCAAAUUUUAUAGAUGAGUCAGUUAUAUCAACAUCUUCUUGGAGAGAUGAAUUUGAUGAAUCAUUUAAACCUUUGAAAUUGGCGCAAAGAUGUCACGCUGGAGAGGCGAGCCGUUCGCAUUGA